UGGCGUUAAUAACGGGUUCGUCUUCAGGUAUCGGUGCCGCCACUGCUAUACUAUUGGCCAAAAGUAGAGCCAAUGUUGUCAUCACUGGACGUAAUGCUAAUAAUGUGUCCACAAUUUGCAACGAGUGUACAGAAGUGUCACCAAACGAUAUUCUGGUGAAUAACGCGGGCAUCGGAUCCCGCGCUCCCAUCACUGAUGCCGACUAUAUUCCCAAAUUAAAGGCAAGUGGAGGCAUAUCUCCGUAUCACAUGUCUAAAGCAGCUCUGGAUAUGUUCACCAAAUGUAUUGCCGUUGAUUUGGGCCCAAAAGGCAUAGGUGUUAAUUCAGUCAAGUAUUUAUAUCUUGUUUAAAUAAUUAUUAUUAUCAUAUACGUGAAAUAA